GAUCAUCAUCAUGCUCGUUUUCCCUUUUCCCACUUAUUCAUCAAUUUCAUCCUCACCAUUUCAAGAAAAUAAUCCACUCCCAUUUUUCAUUCAUCCCUCACUACCUCCUCGGUCUGAAUUUGAACCAGAACUUCCUCAAGCGCCGUCGGAUUCGGCCAAUAUUCCUCCAUCCUCAUCAUCCGGGCCCAUAAACCCAGGUGGUUUAUGGAUUCUUUUACAAAAAAGUAUAGGCAUCUCCGCCAUGCACAUGCAGCUUCUAUACAACAACAAAGUCGUCAUCUUCGACCGGACCGACUUCGGCAGGUCCAAUAUCUCCCUCCCGUUUGGAAGAUGCCGGUUCAGCGUCGACGGCAAACUUCGGAUCGACUGCACUGCUCAUUCAGUCAUUUACGACAUUGUCACUAACACUUUUCGACCCCUCAUGGUCCAAACUGAUGUCUGGUGCUCCUCCGCCGCCGUCAACCCAGAUGGAGUCCUUGUCCAGACAGGCGGCUACCGCGGCGGUGCCGAUAAAAUACGGUUGUUCACCCCAUGCAACAACGAUUUCUGUGAUUGGAUUGAACUCCCACAGAACUUGACCGUUAGAAGAUGGUAUGCCUCCAACCAGAUUCUCCCCGACGGCAGGAUUAUCAUCGUAGGUGGCCGGAGAGCUUUUAGCUAUGAGUUCUUUCCCAAGAACUCGGUGUUUUUCAGCAAUGCUGAGGUUUACUGGCUACAAUUCUUGAAGGAAACGUCCGACCCGAGAGAGGAGAACAAUCUCUACCCGUUCUUGCAUCUACUACCAGACGGAAAUCUCUUUGUUUUCGCCAACCAGCAUUCGGUUAUAUUGGAUUACGUUAAUAACAAGAUUUUAAGAAAAUUUCCCCCGAUUCCUGGCGAAAAAAGGUCUUAUCCGUCAACGGGCUCGUCGGUGUUGUUGCCACUCCGGUUACCCGGAAGUGGUUCGCGAUUGGGGUCGCCGUCGCCGGAGGUGGAGGUGAUGAUCUGCGGUGGAGCUAAUGGCGGUUCGUAUAUUCAAGCUAGGCUGGGUGUGUACGUGGCAGCUUCUAAGAGUUGUGGGCGGUUGAGGGUCACGGAUCCGGAUCCUGAAUGGGAGAUGGAAACAAUGCCUAUGAAUCGGGUCAUGCCCGAUAUGCUGUUGCUACCCACGGGUGAUGUGCUUAUCUUGAACGGCGCAUCAAAAGGAUCGGCCGGGUGGGAAUUAGCGGAUGACCCGGUUUUGCACCCGGUCCUUUACAGACCCAGUGAGAUGGAUCCGCAACAGAGAUUUACUGUGCUCAACCCCACAGUAAACCCAAGGCUCUACCACUCAGCUGCUGUCCUGCUGCCAGACGGAAGAGUUCUAGUAGGUGGAAGUAAUCCUCAUGCGUUGUACAGGUUUACCGGAGUAAAGUACCCCACAGAUUUGACUUUAGAGGCAUUUUUGCCACCUUACUUGGGCCCACAAUACUCCCAAUUGCGGCCUUCAAUUUUGACCUUCGAGGGUCCCACGGAUAAUAUCAUAUCCUACGGUCAGCAGUUCUCCAUCACGUUUACUCUCGGUUUGCACCCUCCCGGUCAAGAUUUCAGAGUUACUAUGAUUGCGCCAUCUUUUACCACGCAUUCUUUUGCAAUGAAUCAACGGCUGGUGAUGUUGGAUGUGGUUGGGUACCAGCAGCUGUCUGCAUUUGCGUUCAAGGUUACCGUGUGUGCACCUCCAACAAGAAAUAUUGCACCCCCAGGAUACUACAUGACGUUUGCUGUUAAUGGGGGCAUACCAUCUACUGGUGUUUGGAUAAGAAUGAAAUGA